GUCCCGGGCUGGGGACGGAAGUUGCACCACAAGUGCAGGCAGUUUCAGUUUUGUUUCUCUUGCAAGCACCCAGCAGCCCUGGCGUCGGGGCCGCGGGCCCGUUCCCCACCGCACAGCUCGCGGGCAGCUCUGGCCAGCCCCGGAUGCACCAUAAGUGAAAGCAGCCAGGAACAUUUGCCCAGUGUUCGCAGAGACAGAGAGGGUCCGUCCCUAGCUCCAGGGCAAGCAGCUGGAGGGCCCAGAAGACCGGAGAGCAACACCUGGCCAUUCAGCAUGUUUCCCCAGGGAUCCUCCCUCUCCCUGCUGGAGACCCUGAGCAGUGACUUCCUGGCCUGUAAAAUCUGCCUGGAGCAGCUGCGGGUGCCCAGAACGCUGCCCUGCCUGCACACCUACUGCCAGGACUGCCUGGCCCAGCUGGCUGAGGGCGGCCGCCUGCGCUGCCCCGAGUGCCGGGAGGCCGUGCCCGUGCCGCCGGGCGGCGUGGCCGCCUUCAAGACCAACUUCUUCGUCAACGGGCUCCUGGACCUGGUGAACGCCCGGGCGGGCGGGGACCUGCGCGCCGGGAAGCCAGCCUGCGCGCUCUGCCCCUUGAUGGGGGGCAGCAGCGCCGGGGGACCUGCCACCGCCCGCUGCCUCGACUGUGCCGACGACUUGUGCCAGGCCUGUGCCGACGGGCACCGCUGCACCCGCCAGACGCACGCUCACCGCGUGGUAGACCUCGUGGGCUACCGGGCAGGGUGGUACGACGAGGAGGCCCGAGAGCGCCAGGCGGCCCACUGCCCCCAGCACCCUGGGGAGGCCUUGCGCUUCCUGUGCCAGCCCUGCUCCCAGCUGCUGUGCCGCGAGUGCCGCCUCGGCCCCCACCUGGACCACCUCUGCCUGCCCCUGGCUGAGGCGGUGCGUGCCCGGCGGCCGGGCCUCGAGGAGCUGCUGGCGGGUGUGGACAGCAACCUGGCAGAGCUGGAAGCCGCGCAGCUGGUAGAAAAGGAGGCACUGGGCCGGCUGCGGGAAGGGGCAGCCAGGCUGGGGCUGCAGGUGGAGGAGGCGGCCGAGGCGGUGCUCCGGGCCCUUCUGGCCCAGAAGCAGGAGGUGCUGGGGCAGCUGAGGGCCCACGUGGAGGCCGCCGAGGAGGCGGCUCGGGUGAGGCUGGCGGAGCUGGAGGGCCGGGAGCAGGUGGCCCGGGCGGCAGCCACCUUCGCCCACCGGGUGCUCAGCCUGGGCCGAGAGGCGGAGAUCCUCUCGCUGGAGGGGGCAAUCAUCCAGCGGCUGCAGCAGCUGCAGGGCUGUCCGGGGACGCCUGGGCCAGCCCCCUGCCGGCUGCCCCAGCUGGAGCUCCACCCGGGGCUGCUGGACAAGAACUGCCACCUGCUUUGGCUGUCCUUUGAGGACAGUGGAGAAGAAGGGACUGGUACCCAGGCCAGUGACAGAACCCAGAGCCGGAGAGAGGAUGGAGCCAAGACAGAAAAGCAGGGGCCGGAGGUCCAAGCUCAGAGCACGAAUGCAGCCAAGCUGGCCAAAGAGGACAAGGACAAAAUCCAGAGAGAAGAAAGAGCCCUGAGCCCGAAGUGGGACAAGGCUCAGAUCCAGAAAGAAGAUGGAGGUGCCCAGACCCAGAGAACCGGCAAAUCCAACAAAAACAGAAAGUUCAAAGGAGGCAGGCUCCUGUCAGUCUCCCGGGAGCCCAGUCCCGCCCCUGGGGCAAACCUGGAAGGCUCUGGUCUCCUCCCCAGGCCCAUCUUCUACUGCAGCUUCCCCACCCGGAUGCCUGGGGACAGGUGGUCUCCCCGGAUCACCGGGCUCUGUCCCUUUGGCCCCCGGGAGAUCCUGGUGGCGGAUGAGCAGAACAAGGUGCUGAAGCGUUUCUCCCUCAAGGGCGACUACAAGGGCGCCGUGCCAGUCCCCCAGGGCUGCUGCCCGUGCAGCGUGGCCGCCCUGCAGGCCUCCGUGGCCUUCUCAGCCGGCGCCCGGCUCUAUCUCAUCAGCCCGGACGGUGAGGUGCGGUGGCGCCGGGCUCUGAACCUCUCGCAGUCCAGCCACGCCGUGGCCGCUCUGCCCAGCAGGGACCGGGUGGCCGUCAGCGUGUCCGGCAACGUGGAGGUGUACAACCUGGAGGGGAACCUGGCCACCCGGUUUAUCCCGGGGGGCAAGGCCAGCCGGGGCCUUCGGGCGCUGGUGUUCCUGACCACCAGCCCUCAGGGCAAUUUCGUGGGGUCGGACUGGCAGCAGAACAGCGUGGUGAUCUGCGACGGGCUGGGCCAGAUGGUCGGGGAGUACAACGGGCCGGGCCUGCACGGCUGCCAGCCUGGCGCGGUGUCAGCAGAUAUGAAGGGCUUCAUCUUCCUGACCCUUCGGGAAGUCAACAAGGUGGUUGUUCUCGACCCUAAGGGAUCCCUGCUCGGGGACUUCCUGACGGCCUACCACGGCCUGGAAAAGCCCCGCGUGACCACCAUGGUGGACGGCAGGUAUCUCGUCGUGUCACUCAGCAAUGGCACCAUCCACGUCUUUCAGGUCCGCCCUCCUGACAGUUAAAGGGGCGAGAACUGGGGUGAGAGGGAGGUGGGCAGGAGGGGAGCAGAACUGCCCUGAGGGGUGUGGCGGGUGAGGGCAUUUUCCUAGAAGCCAAGGGCUGGCAGUGUCUCAACAUAAAUGACCAAGCCGCCAAGCCCUGUUCUGGUUUGCGGUGAUAGGGACCAAGGAAGGGGCUUGAUCGGGGUGGUGACACCUCCCAGGAGCAGAGGAGGAGGAGGAGGGGACGGAGGGGACUGGGGGAUUAACGGCCCCUCUUGCUUUCGUUAGUGAUCGCUGCUGCCGUGUAGUUUAAGUUUCUGAGACGUGUAAACAUGCCCUGAUUGAUUUGUAGUCUUCAAAACCACACCCCACGGAGAAGCCAAGGGAGUAUCUCGGGAAGGCGGGUGAAAAAGCCGUCCUCUGGGCCAAGAGGGCUCGGGCAUUCCUGGGUCCAGGUGAGUCCGGCAGGUGCGUUCUGUAAGAGAGCCGAGAAUCCGGGGCCCUGCAGCCCGGGACACGGCCGUUGGUGACAUCUUCCACCAGCCGCAGCUGGGAGGAGGCAGGGGGCCCUGUGAUUCUGCCAUCCCCAGGGAAGCACAGGGUGGGCUUUGUGGGGGACAAGUGCAGACAGCAGCUGAGGCCAAGAGGCGUCAGCUGCCAGGAACACGACAAGAAAUACACUCCGGGAAAAUCGAACCAGGCAGGGUCAGCGUCUAAACUCAGGCUGUGAAUGUCAGAGAAGGGGAUUUCCCUACUCCCACCCCGAGCUGAUCCCAGGCAAGAGGUAAAGCGUAAAAUCUCGGUGAUGCAGCCCUUCUGUCUGGGUGUCUUUACACUUCCUGGGGUUUGCUUUUUGUUUCCGUUUCGAAUUCUUGCAAAAUUCCUUUUGAGAAAUGUUGGCUUUCACUUGGAUGAGGUAAGGGGAGAAGGAAUUUUUCCUUCUGUGGCCAUUAUGCUGGGGAAACGACGUAACCCUAGAGGCCAGGUGAGGAUUGGGUGGCCAGGUGGAAAACCUGGGAAGUCGGUGGUGGGGCCUGGGAUGGAUGGAGGAGGGAAAAUGGGAGCCGCGGCCCUCGUCUCCGUACGGGCAGCGGCGGCAGUGAAAUUGGGGUGCUCAGUAACCUGCGAGGACACGCUGGAGCAGGCGCUGUCGAGGGGAAGAUCAAAAGGAAGCUGACUUAGGUGUCAUGGACGUUGGGACGUUCAUAUGUUUGCGGGAAGCAGAGGGAUUUGGGACAAGUCCAGCUGGAAAGUGCACGGCACUGGGGGUAGGGGAAAGAAAAUCCUUUUCCAAGAAGGCCGUUUCUUACUUACUGAAAGAGACAUCAUCACUGUCCUGUGGACAAAUUCAAUUAGAUAUAAAUGUAAAAAUGUAUGCACACCCACAAAAAAAGGCUCACUGAUUUAAAUUUCGCUCUGUUGAGACAACUAGACAUUUUUAUUUUGAAUGUUUUCCUCAGGUGUAGAUUAGUUUGGUGAUCAGAAUCUACAACUUUUGCUUUUGCAAGAAUGAAAAAAGUAGAAAGUAUUUGGUAAACCCAAAUCUAUUCACAUGUUUCUUCCUCUGAACUAUUGCUCAUCAGUGAGCCUUAGGACUAAAAUAUUUUCAUGGUUUUUGAAACAUAUCACCAUAAGUAACGAAAAAGAUUUGUUUCUGUUUAUUAUCAAGAAAGCAGUGAGCGAAUCGUUAGUUAUCAUUGAACAAGCCAUUUUUGUUGUUAAUAUGGUAGGUAUAGAAUGACAACCUACAGCUGGGUUGAUUAACAUUUCUUUGGAUGGCAGGAAUUAAUAUUUUUCCAUGUGCUUCCGAUUUUAUUUUUGAACUUUGAAAGUCCCUCUAAAAUGCAGAAAAAUUAGCUGUUAAAAAAUAAAAUAAUUUAAAAAGUAUGCACAGCAAAGGAUAAAGAAUAAAAGAAAACCAAUAAGUUGAGAAAACUAUAUAGAACUGACUUGAGAAUAGUUGCAGGGAUCAAGAGGCAAACAGUUUGAAAAGGCCCAGUGGGUUGUGCCUCCAAGAGGACACUCAUAAUGAAUCAAGGACUAAUAAAAAGAAAAAGAUACAAUAUAAAGCUGCUUACAGUUGUUGAAAGAAAAUUUUUUAAAAAUACGUUGUGGAGAAAUCGAUAGAAACCUGGUGAAAUGGUGCAAUUGUCCAAUUUUCCUGUACAGCCAUUUGGUAAUAUCUGACAAGGGGCCAAAAAAAAAAAAUUUGUAAAAAUAAAUUAUUCCACUUUGGGGAAUACGUUCAGGGAAAAUAAUUCAAAAGUGAAAAUACUUGCACAGAGCUACUUGUGGUUGCUUUCUGUGUUUCGGUUAGUAACCGGAAACUUCAGUUGUGAGGCGACAGCUAAGGAGCUUGUGGUCUAUUUGGAAAGUGAGAUAUUGCCUUCACGUAUGAAAACUAUGAAAAGUAUUUAGAAGAAAUAGAAUGAUAUGAUGCAAUCAUAAGCCAAAAAAAAAAGAAUUUGGAAUUAUGAUCAUAUGAUAGCAACAAGGGACAAGUAUGUCUGAAUACUUUCUGAGUGGAAAUCAGCUCAGAACUUGUAAAUAGUCGGUGAUUGCGGAGAUUGGGUUCUUUCGAAGUUGUUUCAUGCUAUUACUCAUAUCUGCACAUUUCUACUUCAGUUAUUAUCCAUUAAGUAACAUCUAGACUUGAAUAUUUACUUCAAAAGGGAAAUACACCUCUAUAAAUGAAAUCCAAGAAUAGCUACUGAUUUGAGAAUGAAUGUGUCAGUUAGAACAAACGAGACUGUCCUAUCAGAGGUUAGAGUUGUGGGAUUGGGGGUGUCAUAGCUGGUUGGGGCUCAGCAGCAAAAGACCUGAUCAAGAGCAGGCAGACUGCCCAAGACCCCAGUGGAAAAGGUCUCCAGAGGUCAGGUGGCCCUUCAGGGUAGUUGAAUAAUUGUGCAGCGUGCAGAAGGCAGGAGAAGAUCUCAUGGGGUUCACCAACUAGCUCAGACCAACUGGAAACCAAGUGGUCGUUCUGCAGAGCCAACUAGUAUAGGAUGAGUUGAGUUGCAUGAGGGCAGGGAUGGUGUCUGUCUUCUCUGCAGCUGUGUUUAGCCCAUAGGAGACACUCAAUAAAUGUCCGUGAAAUGAUUUAAGAUCAAGAAAAGGGAUAGGGCAGUGGUACGACUCUUUGCAGAGGUCUCCCAUCUCAAAUGCCACAGCCCCCAACUGACCAAGUUGUCCAAAAUCUUGGCUUGUGGGAAAUCUCCAGUAGGGGGCACUGUGGACACAGUCCACCAUAUGCCUUUCCAGGGGUGGUUUUGCUCCAAGUCAAAGGAAGAGAUGAGAUGGGGAGUGUACUGCUUCUGGGCCCGGGGAGGAAGGCCUGGGUGACACGGAGCCCAGGAGACUGCACAGCUUUGGGCUGGAAUAGCAGCUCCCUGGAGCUGCCCAGGAAACAGGCACGGAGGGGCCUGGCUGGUGAAAGGGCACCGGCCAAGCAGCCCAUCCAGUGGCAAAGCAGGAACAGAUGCACCCUCAGAAAUGAAAGAUGACCUGACUGCAGGAAGACAGCCCCCAGAGGCUCUAGAGUUGGAGGAGCCAAGAGGACUCCCAGGGGAGUGUAGGAAUCCUGGGGAGCUGGACAUUGGAAGCCUGAGAGAAACUGGAUUUUCUUCCUAAAGAUGUAGGGUUGGGAAGCUCAUGGAGACCAUGAAAGAGGGGUGGGGAGUAGAGCAUGGAUCAUUAUUUGGAGGUAAAAUCCCCGAUGCCUUGACUGGAACCUGGGAAUCCUAAGGAAUCCCAUAGAAAGUACCACUUGGCACUAAGGGUAGGAAUUCUUGGUUACACUGCAGGUGUUAGGGAAUCAGGAACAACGUGAAAGAAGCAUCAACACCCCACCCCCACUCCGCACUGGACCAUGAUAUUUUACUUGACCAGUGGUUCCUUUUCCUAAUCGGAACUGUCGAUGUUGUAUGUGUACCAGGGAAAUGAGACUGUGGUUUAGGUAGGGAGAGAGGGAGUGGAAAACCUCUUUCAUCUUUCUGCCAUAAAAAAAAGGAAAGGGAAUGUGGUAGCAUAGGUCUGGGUUGAGCACUGGAUCUUCCACUGAAUAGCUGUGUUAUCUUGGUUUAGUUCCUUAACCUCUCUGAGCUCAGUAUCUACAUCAGUUAAAAUGCGGAUAAUAUCUCCCAUGCCCACCUCACAGGGUUGUUGUGAGGACUGAAUGAGAAGCGUAUAGAAGUAUUUUAAAUACCAUAAAGCUCAAUACAAGGAAUUGUUUAGUAAAAUGUUAGACUUACAUGUACUGAUCUAACUCUAUUAGUGUGAUCUUGAAGGGGGAUGAUAUGGCCACAUACUGUGAGGUAAAAGCUCUAGAAUAUCUGGGUAGAGUUAUCUGCAAGCCAUCUUCUUCUUUGGAGGAGACCGUUUUGUUUUGGCUCUCCGGCAGUUGUUUGAAGAAGCCAAAUGCUAAGAUACAACUGUGGCUACUGAAACAGAAGGGACCAAUGGUCCACUUGCCCAGACUGAGUACCAUCCCUAAAAGAUGGCACAGAAUCAGACUGUACUAAUCAAACACUGAUACCUAUAGAUAUUUAGAAAAAGCUGAAAAUGGCACUAGUGGCCCACGCUCUUAAUAAUCUAGAGAAAAUAUAUUCUGGAGGAGAAUAACUUUCCUUCCACUGUAGUCUUAGUAUGUACUGUAUCUUUAAGGCCAUGUUAUAUUAUAUAGCUACAGCAAUAACAUUCCAGAAGGCCAUAAGUCCAAGAGGGAAGUCCAAGAUAUGCCAAGGCAGUUGGUGAGGUUGGUGACUUGAUCUGGGCAGGGCUUGAUCAAUGGGUACCAAGUUCAAGGUGUUUGAUCGUCUCUCCGUGGCAGGUAAGCUGAGAACUUAAGAGCCAUCCCUUAAUUAAGUGGGAGAUUGAACAGGUGCAAAGACUUCUGUACUGGGGAGACAACAGUCUUGGAGUAGCUGGAGCACUGAGCUGCCUGUAAGAGCUCCGAAGACAUUCCCAGCAGGAAAAAGACCAGGGUUAGGGAAAUAGGUAAGUUGACUGAAGAUAACAGAACCAGCCAACCCAACUGGCUUAUGACUAUAGUUUAAUUAACAUGGAUCAGGACAGGAGCAGUAAUUAAAAAAAAAAAAAAAGCAGGUCUUCUUGGGACCACAGAUUCCCUUGAUUGGCAGGGCUGCACCUGAAGCCCUGGGUGAGGAAUCUUUGGGCCCAGGUAGAGAAAUGACUCAUCCAUCCGAAGGGCCUGUACCUAAACAGAAGAUGAGGAAGUAGGACUGGUGAGGUUUUGGAAGGCAGCCUGAACUCGUCUCCAUACAAAGUUUGAACGGGUUGGUUUAACAGCCAGUAUAGACAGGGUUGAAGAAAAGGGAUUGGGGCCUGGGUCCCCACUCACUGGUUUCUCAGUGGCCAAUUUCUCUUGGUUGCCUCGGGGAUGGCAAUCUGUGCCAUGAAGUCUUUCAUUCCUUUGAUUUUGUACUUUGUAUUUUUCCUCUGUUUCUUAAUAAAGUUCUUUUGAAAAACUCUAA